AUGAACGCCCUCCGCUGUCUGCGCGCCGUCGCGCGUCCGGCAGCUCUCGUCCAGCCGUGCAUGGCGCAACAGGCCCGCAACAUGUCGCUCCUCAACAGCCGCCGUCCCAUGCUCGCCCCCGCGUCUCUGCCCGCGACCCUCGCAGCGCCCGGCAGCGCCCCGUCGUCCGUCACCUCGUCGUCCGAGACCCUUGAUCUCGUCGCCAAGAUCUCGGCACACCCGGCCUUUGCAGCCCUGCAGAUUCGAUGCGGCCCCCGCGACACAUACAACCCAUCGCACAUUGUCCGCAAGCGGAGACACGGCUUCCUGUCGAGGCUGCGCACCAAGAAGGGGAGGAAGCUGUUGAUGAGGAGGCUGACGAGGGGACGCUGGAAUUUGAGCCAUUGA